UUGCAUAUAAAAUCUGCCUUCUCUUGCUAUCUGUCAUUCCUUACAGCUUCCUGCUUCUCAGUUCUUUCCACAGUUUCGUGAUCUGAGAGGAUCAGUCAAUUCUCUCCGAUUCUUGUAAUCGCCGCAAAGUUCAAAACUGUAGCGCACGAGCAGCGAAAGAUCUGAACCAUCAACCAGAAAGCAACAAUGGGUCGAGCUACAAGAUGGCUGACUAACUUAUUGGGAGGCAAAAAAGAAGGCAGAGAACACAAAGAAACAAUGGCGUUCGCUGCCGCUUUAGCUCCAAGCAUUGAUAACCAAAUGGAGAAGAAGAGGUGGAGUUACAUGUCAGGGAGGAUUUCCUGCGACAUGGCGUGGCUUCGUUCAAUGUAUGCAGAAAAAGAGAAGGAGCAGAGAAAGCACAUUAUUGCAGUCGCAGCCGCGACAGCUGCAGCUGCCGAAGCAGCGGUGGCUGCGGCUCAGGCGGCAGUGGCGGUGGUACGUCUGACGAAUCAAAGCCAUCGUGUCAUUUUAUGCGGCAUUCAUGAGCAGCUUGCAGCCCUUAAGAUCCAAACAGUAUUCAGAGGUUAUCUAGCAAAGAAGGCUUUGAGAGCUUUGAAAGCUCUGGUUAAGCUGCAAGCUUUAGUUCGAGGCUAUAUAGUUCGGAAAAAAGCCGCGGCCACUCUUCGUAGUAUACAAGCUCUCAUGAGAGCUCAGGCAACAGUUAGAACCAAAAAGUUCCGAUCUCUUCCCCGAAAAUCUCGUUCUUAUAAGCCAUUACAGGAAAGAUUUGACGAGGCAUCGUUCCAAAGCCAGAGACUCAACGGCAUCGAUACUUACCGUCUUAAAUCGAGAUCGUCUCGAAGAACAAGCCUUUCCGAUAUGGAUGAGAGCUUCUUCAAUUCAAUGUCCUCUGCUAUCCCCUGCCCUGUUGAGACGCGGAGGUGCUCCUCCACAGCACAGAACACACCGCGGUGGUUGAACUCAGGUCUAAGCUUUGCCCCGCCUUCUCCGACGAAGAGCGUCCGCGGUGCAUCUAACGGGGUUUUCCAGCGUUUAUUGAACUCUGCGGAUAAUAGUCCGAGUUUCAUGUCUAGUACAAAGUCCUUUGAGGCGAAGGUGCGGUGGAAUAAAGGAUUAAAGCAGAGGGCAGAGGGCCAUGGUUUUGGGAAGCGAGUUCCCCUAAGUGAGCUGGUCGUCGUCGAGCAGUCGAGAGGAAGACCAAGCUCUCCGGUGAGUGAGACCUUCAAUUUCCGGAGUGCGAUAAUGGAAAAGCUUAAUAGGCCUCCGGAGUUUAGCGGGGAAGUUGAGAAGCGCUUCUGUUUCAAAUGAAUUAAAGAUCUCUCAUUUUUAUGAACAAUUAUUACGUCCUCCGACCGGACGUAGAGGAACGUCCAGUCGGAGGCAAAUUCCUGCCAAAAAACGAGUUGUACCGAGCAAAUAUCGAGCAAUAUCAAACAAUAACGAAGAAUACCAUCAUUUGAAGACCCAAUACCGAGUUAUACCGGGCUUUACCGAGCAAAUACCGAGUUAUACCAAAGUUGUACCGAGUUUUUCCCAGAAAAACUCGGUACAACUCGGUAUUUCUCGGUACAGCUCGGUAUAACUCGGUAUUGUUCUUCAUAGAACGGUAUUCUUCAUUAUUAUCAAAUAAUACCUAGUUGUACAGAGCAAAUACCUAGUUUUUGGACGGGAAAUUGCCUCCGACCGGACGUUCCUCUACGUCCUUGCACCGAACGU